GCUCAGUUUUUAGAGCUUCUUCUCUCCAGAUCCCUCUCCUGUCAUCCUUGAAGUUGGUGCAGUCGUAUACCUCCAUGAUGACUUCUAAAUUGGAUGCACUGAAGGAGGUAGAUAUUGAUGAAGAUGGAAAAUUCAAAUACGUACUGAUAAAUGUGAAGUCAAAAGAAGAUGGAGUGGAGAAGUCCAAGUUGAUCGUGAGGGGAUUCAAGUGGGCUGAAUUCCACGAUAAUAUUUUUGAUGAUGUUCAACCAAAGCUCAGUCAGGAUGGACUGAAUGCUGAGUGUGUUGGAGGUGGUAAAAUCACUCAUGAUCCCUCAGGAAAGGCAAUCAAGAUCCAUGGCUCCUCUCUGGGCUUUGGGAAGGCAGAUCAUGCCAAGACAUGUGAACUGGUUAAAAAGCAUUAUCCUGACUUGUCUUUGGAUGCUGUGAAGGACGUGGAUAUUGAUGAAAGUGGGAGAUUCAAGUAUAUCCUGCUGAAGGUGCACUCUGAAGAAUCAGGGACUGAAGUGUCAAAGUUUAUUGUGAGGGGUUUCAAGUGGGCUGAAUAUCAUGGUGAUAUUUAUGAUGAUGUGGAGGAAAACCUCAGGAAGGAGGGAUUAGAUACUGAGUGUGUAGGAGGAGGCCGAAUAAUUCAUGAUCCCGAAGGAAAGACCAUAAAGGUUUUUGGUUAUUCUCAGGGCUUUGGAAGAGCAGAUCAUGGUAAGACAUGUGAACUGGUCAAAAAGCAUUAUCCCGGCUACACAGAGAAGAAAGGAGAAGGUACAAGCUCAGAUGAAGAGAGUGGCAGUGAUGAUGAAUCAGGGUCAAAAAGUGAAAGCUCAGAAGGAGAAGAUGCCAAGCAACACAAGCCAAAGGGUGUUGAAGGGCUCAUUGAAGUUGAAAACCCCAAUCUUGUCAAGAUGAGAAUGAAAAAACUCUCAGAGCUGGGAGGAACAGGGGAAGCAGCAGGUGGAGGAUCAGUCAAAGCAUCAGGUGGAGGACCGAGUGGAGGACCAAGUGGAGGACCGAGUGGAGGACCGAGUGGAGGAUCAAGUGGAGGAACAGGUGGAGAUUCAGCCAAGCCACAACUGUCUAGGAGAGAGAGGGAAGAAUUGGAGAAGCAGCAGGCAAAGCUGCAUUAUCAAAAGUUACAUGCUCAGGGAAAGACAGAUGAAGCCCGGGCUGAUCUUGCUCGCCUUGCUGUCAUCAAGAAGGAGAGAGAGGAGGCUGCUAAACGAAGAGAAGAAGAGAGGCUAGCUCGAGAGGCUGAGAAGAUGGCGAAAUCUGGGCAAGUGAAUAAGGCUCUCAACAAGAAGAAGUCAUGAUUCUCCUUCUAAUAUGCAAAUUCAGACCUGAAAACUUCUUAACAACUUGAAAGUGAAGAAAUGGUGUCCAUGAUGGAAAAUGCUGUUGAUUUGCUCUUCAGCUGAUGCAAGUGUGUUGUGAAGUGUCAUUAUGGGAGUAAAGGGUGAGAAUUCCUUUUGGGAAAGCAUCUGCUGGUGGUUACUUUUGUAAGAGAAAGAGAAAAAGAAGAGCUCUUUUCUCCUAUUUCUUUGCUUAAAGUUAUGGUGGUUCUUUUUUUGCAUUUGCU